AGGGGUAGGGCGUUGCUAAAUGAAAAGAUUUUCCCGCUUGAACGAUUUGAACAUGGCUGACAGUUAUCUCGGAUGCGCGGGAAAGUGCAGCUGUCAUUAACUUUGGUUUAUCCACUGACCUAGUGAAAGAGGUCUUCUAUUGCUUUAUUAAUGAACUUAAUGCCCAUUUAUUGAAUCUUAAACAGUGGUUAACUAUUAAUUAAAAGUAAAAGAAACAUGAAAAUAUAGAAAACUUUUUUGUGCGCUUGUGAUGAUGGAGUCUGGUAUGCAGGACAGUCAUAAAUCUUUCCUCAUAAAGGACCUCCUUGGAGAUGUUCUACGGCCAGGAGCUGUUGCAAGAAAACUUCAAGAAGAAGAAGGAACAAGUAGGUACGAGUCAGUGACCCAUCUAGAAAACUCAGAAGAUGAUAUAUCCGUCGGCGACAAUCGAUCUGAAACAUCCUCCCCAAAGAUUCCGUACCCAUAUGAUAAUGAACGAAAGGAAAAAUCAAAAACAAUAGACUCAGAUGACUUUCAAAACGAGUAUAAUUCUAAUAGAUUACCAAAUUCAAAUUUUAAUUCACCAUUCAAAGAGGAUGAGAACGAUUACGAUCGAGAGGAAUCAGUGAAAAUGUAUGACACGUCGCUGUUUCAUUUAUACAGACCAGAGAGAAAGGAAGAUGGCGAAGGAUUUGGAAUGACCGGAUCCAUAUCAGAUAGUAUCUAUAGUCGGUCAAUGGAUCUGUCGAAGUCAACAUUUCAAUCGCAAUUAUUAGCUGGGUUUGCAGCAUCUGUGAUUGCAGGUGGGUCGCAGAAUGAAACCCAGGAAUCCACCGAUCGCCAACCUUCCAGCCGUAAUACAGCUAGUUCAGGGAGAAAACCACGACGGCGACGCACAGCCUUUACUCAUGCACAGCUAGCAUACUUGGAACGCAAGUUCAGAUGUCAGAAAUACUUAAGUGUGGCUGAUAGAGGCGAUGUUGCGGACGCUCUCAAUCUGAGCGAGACUCAAGUAAAGACUUGGUACCAGAACAGAAGGACGAAAUGGAAACGUCAGAAUCAACUUCGCUUAGAGCAACUACGUGCGCAAGCGGCCAGCGGUGAACGUGAACUGACGCAUUCUUUGCCCCUCGCGUGCGCACUGCUACCCCCUUAUCCUGCCUACAUGCACUGCCAUCUAUAAAGCACAAUAUAAAACUGUAGUUAACAUAUAAAACCUCUUUUGUUGGCAGCUUCUAGUAUGAAUGACGAAUUUGUAUAGUGUGUAGAUGUAUGUAGAUAUGUUUUAGAAUAAUUAUAAAUAGCUCCUGAUAAUCUGAUUUAUGGGUUUUUUUGUUAAUAUAUUGACGUGCAAUACUACAUUUUGAUGUAUUAAUUUGUUAUAUUUAGUGAGAUUAUGUUUCUGUGAUUACAAUGUAAAUAACUGACUGGAUUAAUUUAGAUUGUAUG